UAUAUCUCAUAUAUAGCUACCAAGCAAGAGUACUAUUCUCCCUAGCUAGCUCGCCUUCCCUUCAAUGGCUCAAGUGAUCAAAGCCGGAUACUGGUAUUGCCAGAGUAACUUCCCGGUGGAAGACAUAGAUUCCUCCCUUUUCACCCAUCUUUUUGCUGCCUUUGCCAAUGUGAACGCUACCAGCUACCAAGUCGUCUUUCCAGAAAGGUAUGAGGUGCAGUUUGAGUACUUCACCGAAUCAGUGCGAAAACGAAACCCUGAUGUUAAAACCAUUCUCUCCAUCGUCGGAGAUCCUUCCAUCUUCCGUUCAAUGACUAGCCGUCCUGGCUCCCGGCAAACAUUCAUAGAUGCCUCCAUCUAUCUAGCCCGGAGUUACAACUACGAUGGCCUCAGCCUCCACUGGCGGUAUCCCUACACGAGCGAAGAAAUGGCCAACCUUGGCUCACUCCUCACUGAAUGGCGAGCUGCCGUGAACGAAGAUUCCCGGUGCACUGGAGAAGCGCCGUUGCUUCUAACCGCAGCGGUGUUUUACUCCUCAGACUAUUGGUCUUCCUUGAAAUAUCCGAUUCAGGCUAUCUCAGAUAGCUUGGACUGGGUCAAUGUAUGGGCCGAUGACGUGUACACCCCCGAUUGCUCACCCAAGCUGACUGGACCGCCUGCUCCAUUGUACAAUCCAACAAGCUGUGAACUUAGCGUGGACAGCGGCAUCAGAGCUUGGAUUCAUGCAGGUGUGCCGGCCAACAAAUUAGUCCUCUGCCUUCCAUUUCAUGGACGCAGUUGGCUUCUGGUGAAUGCUGAGAACCAUGAAAUAUUCUCGCCGGCGAACGGACCGGUGCCUGAUAGUGACCCCAUACCAUAUAGCAGAAUCGAGACUAUUGGUGCCGUAAAACAGUUCGAUCCCUCGUAUGUCACGGACUAUUGCUAUUCUGGGACGACAUGGAUUGGUUAUGAUGAUAAAGAUAGCAUUUCUACUAAGGUUAGAUAUGCCAAGAAAAAGGGAUUGCUCGGUUACUUUGCAUGGCAUCUCGACGACGAUGACACUGUUCAGUGGACUCUUUCAAGGGAAGCUUCUGAAGCAUGGGAUAAUGCGUGAUGGUAUCAGUAGAAGCUUCUAUUACAGACAUUAAGGCCAAUAAUUAGAUGUGUCGUGCGUGUUUAGAAGCUUGUAUUAUCCACAAUAAGGCCAAUUAAUAUCAGGUGUGUUGUAAGGCCAAUAAUCAGACCCGCGUGUAUUUGUAACAUAGAAGCUUGUAUUAUCAACAAUAAGGCCUGUAAUCAGAUAUGUCGUGUUUAGAAGCUUAAUUGUAUUAGCUACAUUAAUAAGGCCAAUUAUAAAAUAUGGUGUGUUGUAUGGCCAA